UAUGUAACUGGUAGAUGAAAGCGUUUCCCACCCUCAAAGUAUUGUCGCAAACUUCGCCACUACGUGUACUGCCGUCCACAGAUAUAUAUUUCUGUGCAGAAUCACUGGACAAGUUGUUCGUCUCUCAGUCCGCCCGUAUUUAUACUGAGAUCUCGGAAACUAUAUAAGCUUGAAAAAUUGAAGAUAUAACAAAACAUUAAUGAGUCCAGUAAAGCGUUCUUCAAAUGAAGCUUAAAUUUGAGAAUUUGAGAAUGAUCACUAAUAAACAGGAUUUGUAUUCAUAUCGUAACGUAUUCGCCUAAACUGGCUCCUUCUUCUGGCUAUCCCGCAACUUAAAAGAUUAUAGUAUUUGUAUAUUUAUUUAAGAACUAUUUAUUAUUAAAUCGAUCAUGUUUUAUGUACCAGUAUGACUAGACUUCAGAAUUAUUCCUACUUGUUUGAUGACCAAAAGGUUCUUAAACCUAGUAUUUUUGGUCUUAUUAAUUUGUGCUUGAAGGCAUUAUUUUGUUCUCGAAAAUACUUGAUUCAAGAAAAAAAUACAGGACUUUUUUCUUAGUGCCCUCUUGCUUGCUUAGCUGAGUCAUCUGAUAGUCAAUGCACUCGACUAUAUCGUUCUUCUUUGUUCCAUUCUAAUUUUAAAACGACCACAAAAAGGGAAAUCACGUCAUAUCCGUCAAUUUUAUUACUUAUUAUGUUAAAUAUUUCUCAAAGACAUAUGACUCCUCGGGAUAGCAUUUAGAAGAGGCAGUUCAAUGAGUGUGGUUGUGCUGUUUCGUUUGCCUUUUAAAGAGAAACCAUAUUUUAUUAAGGAAGUCAAAUUUAUUUUUGUGCAGAAUUCAUAAUGUCCCUGUGUCCGAGGGGGUUCGAUGGAGGUUUUAUGGUGAUGGUGUUGCUUAUAUUGGCCCUAUCCACUGGUGAUGCACAAGCCAAGAGCAACCGCACGGCCAGCAGUCGCAAAAGCUCCAGUUUUAUUUCAGGACCUUCGCACCACUCGUCUUUUAAUUCUCCGAUCCCCUUGGAUUCCAAGCCUACGACUCCCUUAGCUUCCGUUCCCUUACGCAUCUUGACAUCUGCUCCUCCGUACAAUUUGGCUCCCGCAGCUUAUGGAAACACAUCUUAUCCGAGAGGACUAAACGUCCGAGGGCUCCCCAAGGACCCCGUCCCCCAGCCCGCCAAGGGACCUAGGCUACACGGGGAUGUUUCACUGGCACCUAAAAAGUCGGCCAAAGCCUCGGAUGUGGGUGCGGACUUGGGUAACUUUUUGGUCAGCAAGAUAAAGCAUUUCUUCGGUGGAACUACAGGAGGAAGCGCUGCUUCAAACCAAACAGUUAAAGCUGCUUCAGAACCCGCCAGUUCUGAUCAGAUCCGUUCAUCCGGCGUCCAUCUAUCAAAGCCAAUUUGCGGACACUUUAGCCUCAUAACCAUUAUGGUCACAUUGAUUGUGGCCUACUGUGUCCACUGAAAUUGAUAUACUAUACAUAUAAUUGACGUCGAAUUUUAAACUCUUCUCAAAAAUAAUAAUUUAAUAUUGAUGAACAAAAUUGUAUCGUUAUUAAAAUCUCCAAUACGCUUAUUUUUAUACGAAAUAUGAAACUUGUUAUAAUACUUUCUUUGGUGCUUGAAGCGACUUACUUUACG